UCGAAAACAACUUCAAAAUAACCUUGACGAUUGACUCAAAUUUUCGAGGUUUUUGAAUUUAAUUUGCCUGGCAGCCCGUUCCGCAAUGUCGAUUAUUUAUCGGACGUCAAUAGCCUUCCUGGACAAGUUCGUCCCGGCCAAAUUGCAGCCCCUCUGGGCUCACCCUGCAGGACCAAAGACGGUUUUCUUCUGGGCACCGAUUUUUAAAUGGGGCCUUGUCAUCGCUGGCAUCGGUGACCUCACACGACCUGCUGAAAAGCUAAGCAUUGGCCAGUCUGGGGCGUUGAGUGCCACUGGCUUGAUCUGGUCGAGGUAUUCGCUCGUCAUCAUCCCCAAGAACUGGAGCCUUUUCUCCGUAAACAUUUUUGUGGCAGCCACGGGACUGUAUCAAUUCACCAGAGCCCUCAACUACCAACUGAAUCAGAAAAAUAAGGACAAGGUGCAAACAUCAUGAAGAGGAUUUGGUAAUGUUACUCCAGAUACAAGAUACGACACAAAGAAUAAAUCCCAAAGCGGUCCUAUUAGAAUGUAGAUUAUAGCUUGGAUACAAAAUUGCAUGUGAUUUUUAUAACUAAGAAAGUCCAAACCGCUCCGAAUGACAAAGUAAAAGUGCAAUUCAUUUAACUUAUUAUCUGCAAAAUGCACAUUUCUGGUUAUUAUUAGUAAAUUGUAUAAACAUUUUAGAGCAAAUUUUUCUUAUUGUAUCAAAAGAAAUUAAUACAUUUUCACUGAUCAAUAUUGUUGUUGUUUCAGAAUAAUAGACAACUUCAAUUUUCUCUUUUAAUUUUGAAUCUCCGCAAACAUUCGUCUUAAUUAUACCAAUUUUGUGUCUGAAUAAAUAAAUGUUUUGUUAUUGUUACUGAAAAAUUAAAUAGAAA